GGACUCCCCGGCAAGCUGGGGCUGGCCCGGCGGAGGGUGGAUAAAAAGCCCCCAGGGCGCUCCGGGAGGCCGCUAGCGCUACCCGCCAAGCCGGCCCAGCUGAGACCCGUUGGAGACCCAGUUGGCGCCCUUGAAGUCAUCAUGACGUGGUACCCACCAGCCACCCUCUCUCUGCUCCUGCUGCUGCUGCUAGGCCAGGCCCCUCUCAAUAGGUCCCAGUCACCAGGCACCAAGAAGCUCCGGCUGGUGGGCCCAGGGAGCAGGCCAGAGGAAGGCCGCCUGGAAGUCCUACACCAGGGCCAGUGGGGCACCGUGUGUGAUGAUGACUUCGCUCUCCAGGAGGCCAUGGUAGCCUGCCGCCAGCUGGGCUUUGAGUCCGCCUUGACCUGGGCCCACAGUGCCAAGUACGGCCAAGGGGAGGGGCCCAUCUGGCUGGACAAUGUACGCUGUCUGGGCACCGAGAGCACUCUGGACCAGUGCAAGUCCAAUGGUUGGGGUGUCAGUGAUUGCAGCCACUCAGAAGACGUUGGGGUGGUAUGCCACCCCCAGCGCCAGCGUGGCUUUCUCUCAGAGAGGGUCUCCAAUGCCCUUGGGCCCCAGGGCCGGCGGCUGGAGGAAGUGCGGCUCAAACCCAUCCUUGCCAGUGCCAAGCAGCGCAGCCCAGUGAUUGAGGGUGCCGUGGAAGUGCGAUAUGAGGGCCACUGGCGACAAGUGUGUGACCAGGACUGGAGCAUGAACAACAGCAGGGUGGUGUGUGGGAUGCUGGGCUUCCCCAGCCAAGUGCCUGUCAACAGCCACUACUACAGGAAAGUCUGGAAUUUGAAGAUGAAGGAUCCCAGGUCUCGGUUGAAGAGCCUGGCGAAUAAGAACUCCUUCUGGGUCCACCGGGUCCACUGUCUGGGGACAGAGCCCCACCUGGCCAACUGCCAGGUGCAGGUGGCUCCAGGACGAGGCAAACUUAGGCCGGCCUGCCCAGGCGGCAUGCAUGCUGUAGUCAGCUGUGUGCCAGGGCCCCGCUUUUACUCGCCAAAGGGGAAGCCCCGGCACAAGGAACCCCGGGCAGAGGAGCUGAAGCUGCGCCUGCGCUCUGGGGCCCAGGUGGGUGAGGGCCGAGUAGAAGUGCUUAUGAACCGCCAGUGGGGCACCAUCUGUGACCACCGGUGGAACCUCAUCUCUGCCAGUGUUGUAUGUCGCCAGCUUGGCUUCGGCUCUGCACGCGAAGCCUUGUUUGGGGCCCAGCUGGGCCAAGGGCUAGGGCCCAUCCACCUGAGUGAGGUGCGCUGCAAGGGUUACGAGAGGACCCUCAGGGACUGCCUUGCCCUGGAAGGGCCCCAGAAUGGCUGUCAGCAUGAGAAUGAUGCUGCCGUCAGGUGCAACAUCCCAGAUAUGGGCUUCCAGAAUCAGGUGCGCCUGGCAGGUGGGAGAAGCCAUGAGGAGGGCGUGGUGGAGGUGCAGGUGGAGGUGAAUGGCAUCAGACGCUGGGGGACCGUGUGCAGUGAUCACUGGGGGCUCAGUGAAGCCAUGGUUGUCUGUCGACAGCUCGGCCUAGGUUUUGCCAACUUUGCUAUCAAGGACACCUGGUACUGGCAGGGGACACCGGAGGCUGGAGAAGUGGUGAUGAGUGGGGUGCACUGCUCAGGCACCGAGCUGGCCCUGCAGCAGUGUCAGAGGCAUGGGCCUGUGCACUGCUCCCAUGGCACUGGGCGCCUUUCAGCAGGAGUCUCCUGCACCAACAGUGCUCCAGACCUGGUGAUGAAUGCCCAGCUGGUACAGGAGACGGCCUACCUGGAGGACCGCCCCCUCAGCUUACUGUACUGCGCCCAUGAAGAGAAGUGCCUUUCUCAGUCUGCUGACCACAUGGACUGGCCCUAUGGACACCGGCGCCUACUGCGCUUCUCCUCACAGAUCUACAACUUGGGCCGGGCUGACUUUCGUCCCAAGACUGGACGCCACAGCUGGAUUUGGCACCAGUGCCACAGGCACUACCACAGUAUCGAGGUCUUCACCCACUAUGAUCUGCUCACACUGAAUGGCUCCAAGGUGGCUGAGGGGCACAAGGCCAGCUUCUGUCUAGAAGACACAAAUUGUCCCACAGGACUGCAACGGCGGUAUGCGUGUGCCAACUUUGGGGAACAGGGAGUGACUGUAGGCUGCUGGGACACCUACCGGCAUGACAUUGACUGCCAGUGGGUGGAUAUCACAGAUGUGGGCCCAGGGGACUAUAUCUUCCAGGUCAGGAGAUUCAUACCGAGCCAAUGCAGAACUCUCCCUGGAGCAGGAACGACUCAGGAACAAUUUUAUCUGAAGCCAUCACUGCACACUCCCAGCUGCUGCCCAUACACCAGAUACCUCAACUUAUUGGAGCCAUGCCCUUCAGAGUCCUGACUCAAGAGGAAAAGGGGCGAAUUCCAAAGGGCACCACAUACUCAGGAAGCCUUCUGAAGGCAAUCACCAAACCUGAAUGAUACUGCUCCCUCAGGAUAGCUCUAGGCCUGUCCCUUAAGAGCCUGUGGCCUACACAGUAUGGCCUUCAGGCUUUGGUCAGCUAAGUGCCUUUUCUAUAAGGCCGUCUAAUCUUUCCUGAAACCUACUGCAGAGUUCAUGGCUUCUGGAGCUCUCAGUUCCAUAAGGAUUUACUAUGGGUACAGUCCCCCAUCUAAGUGGUACUUUGCAAAUGUACCUAAAUAUACAGGAAGUGGAACUAUUUCUCUGGUAGGGGCUCAAUGCAACAGAACUGUCACAUACGAAUGGCAAAGAGGCUGCUGAAUGCAGUCUUUCACCUUAUUUGUCCUCUUUUAGAACUCACUUCUCAUACUCUUAGGAGUCUGCUCCUUAGUGUUUUUCCCUUUAUCCUUUCGUACACCUGGGUGUUUCUAACACCCCGACAAAUUUAAGCCUCAGGAAUCCCAUUACUUCCUGAUGGAUCAACACCACCACUUACUGAGUGUUUGAGCGGGGGCAAGUUUCAUAGAAGUGAUCAGAUAAGGCCUUUCUGCAAAGCAGCAGAAGGCCUGAGGUAAUACAGAUCCCAGCUUGUGCCAAGGCCUCUGCCAAGGAAAGAAAUGUGUCAUGUACCUGACAGGGAAUCCAAUCUCUCUCAGGAUCACCACACUUCUCAGGAUUGGCCUAAAUUUCAGAUCUCAAUCAAAUCAGCUUUGUGUUGAAUAAAUUUUUGCAAUGGAAGGAACACUGGUCAAACAAGCCACUCUAUAGGAACAUAAAGACAGGUCUGGCAGAGUGAGAGACAAAAAACUGCAGAAAUUAGAAGGGGGAACACUUAAUUAAGGACUGAAUCUGGAAAAGGCCACCAUCCCUACUGGAUGUGGCUGAACUAUGCUCUUAGUAGGUGGUAUAAAAUCCCAUGGUCUUCUUAAACAUGACUGUUUUUUCUCUCCUGACACAGAGAUGACCUUUUAAGUUUGAUACCUUAAUGUCAAUAAAAGUUUCUCAUUAUGGACUGCUACAGCACCAAGACCAGCUGUGAUUAUGUACAGUUCCCGCUGGGGAUGAGGAUACACGGGGCACUGUUGUCUGCUUUCAGUUUCCCUCCCCAUGCUCAAUGUUAAAUCACAGGCUGGAAAGGUUAUUGAAUGAAAGGUGCAAGAAGGUAAAAUCUAAGAACUGUCCACUUUUGUAACAGAGGCUGCAAACCCAAAAUGCAUGGUAGCAGACAAAGCAGAUUGCAAUAGUACUUGCUUUCUCACAUUACAAGAGCUACAAGAGGGUGUCAAAGGGACUCCUCCAGUCCAGGCGGUACCCUCUGUGAAUACAAAGAAGUACUUUCUUCCUCUUCUCUAUCUUUUCGUUUCUCAACUCUCUCAUCCCCUUUAUUAGGCAUGGCAGUUUAGGUAAACAGGGAAAGGACUGAUUUCCUCUUGGAUCCAGCCACACUCUCCUAAACAGUAACAACAUUAUUCUCACAUAUGCAGCUAAUGGUCUAUGAAAGAAUGUGCCGCUAGCGGGGAGUGUGUGGUGACUGAUGACUAGAUUUGGACAAGGAGGUUACCCUCAGCUUCUUGCUGGAUCUAGUUUUCAAGACAGCCAGAAAAAGCAGGCCAGGCAGACAGCCACUGGCUCUGGUCUGGCUCGCUACCCACAUCACACGUCUGAUAGGUGCAGCCUGUUAUAAUUCCUGGAAAAAGCUACACAAGGGUUGUGCUGUUACAGCACUGAGUUGAAAGGGAAGGUCAUGGGAAGACUAGUGGUUGGCAUGCCUUAUAACUAGAUGAGGAAUGCUAAUUGAAUACCAACCACUGAAUUCCAGACAGAACUGAAAUCCUAAGACACUCACAUCAGCACACUCUGGUCUCAGAAAUUAAAGUGCUAGGAACUUCAGUUUAAAUUUACUUCUAAGACUUUCGUUCUGAGGAAGACAUCAGAACCUUUCUACUAUAAAAAUUCCAGGUGAUCCUAAGAUUUAGAUAUUUGACAUAUAUGAAGAAACACCCACAGCAGAAUACAUGAGCUGCCUUUACAAUGAUCUAACAAAGGAGCCUGCGGCAGCCAUAGGGUGCUCUCCAGUUGUAUUUGUGAAGGCGUGACUUAGACAUGACCUAGGAUUUGAUAAGCUCAAGGCAGUCUGCUGAGCCAUGGCAGGACCUCUUCUCUCUGGCCAGUACACAUCAGCCCUAACCACUGGAAUAACAUAACUAAAAAGCACAUUCAACUAAUGACAAAAGCAACACUCCAUUAUUUUCAAGUGAUGACUUAAAAAAAAAAAUCCCUUUCUCUGGAAUAGGUUAUAGAGAUAAACCUGAGACUUAAAGAUGGCUGACUGUCAGCUAAAACAGAAAAAAAAAAAAAAAAAAAAAAA